GCUUUUGGAGUCCAUCAACUCUCUUUGGUGACCUAUUGCCAUUGCACAUAUCAAGUUUGGCCUGCUUCUGUGACAUAAUUGGUUGCAAUUUUCUCAUCAAGCUGAGGUGUAUUUGAAGCAAAGAGUUUCUCAAGAUGUUGCUGAGGGAGUACAGAAUUUGCAUGCCCAUUUCGGUGGAAGAGUAUCGCAUCGGCCAGUUGUAUAUGAUUGCCAAGCACAGUCAUGAACAGUCUGAACAUGGAGAAGGAGUGGAAAUUGUAAAGAAUGAAGACUGCUCUGACCCAGUGCAUGGUGAAGGUCGAUACACAGAAAAGAGAGUUCAUUUGUCCAGCCGCCUUCCAUCAUGGAUUCGUUCUAUGAUUCCAAAAGUUUUCUACAUCACAGAGAAAGCCUGGAAUUAUUAUCCCUUCACAAUCACAGAAUAUACGUGUUCAUUUUUGCCAAGAUUCAGCAUCUAUAUUGAAACCAAGUAUGAAAAUAAUGCAGGCACAACAGAAAAUAUAUGCAGUUUGCCUCCUGAAGAACUUGAAAAAAGAGAAGUUGACUUUGUCGAUAUUGCAUAUGACCCACUGCCUCCAAAACAUUACAAGGAAGAUGAGGAUCCUGCAAAGUUUAAAUCAAAGAAAACAGAUAGAGGCCCCCUUGAAAGUGAUUGGAAGGAAUCCUCAACACCUCUGAUGUGUUCUUACAAGGUUGUCAAAGUGAAAUUUGAAGUUUUUGGUUUGCAAGGAAAGGUGGAGUCAUUCACGCAUAGGACUGUGAGGGACAUAUUGCUUCUCGGCCAUAGGCAGGCUUUCGCAUGGAUUGAUGAAUGGAUUGACAUGACACUGGAAGACCUACGUGAGUAUGAGUCGUCGACAAACGAAGCCACCAACAAGAAGGUCUUGGAGUCCUAGGGGGCGUAGAUGUCCAUUGUGUCUCCUACCGGGAGAGUCCCACUGUUUUGUGAUUCCGUUGGAGCAACCAUGGUGUCACCAGUCUGCCAAAAUGUGCCAUUGAGUAAGAUCUGUCAAGGACAAAGGGAGGUCAUCUGGCAUUCUUCUUGUUGCGAACACAUUAAGUAAAUUGUCGCUGUUAUUGUUAUUUACUAUUUUUAUAAUUGUUACUGAUUAUUAUUUUUAUUUUUUUAUUAUCAUUAUUG